GCGGAAGGGGGUGGAGCUUUUUCUCGCUGAGCUGUUGCUGCUGCCACUCCGGGAGCGGAGGCCGCUUGGGGGAGCGGGGCGCGGCUCCGGCUGGCGGCGGCUGCGAGGGAGCUACCUCUUAUGUAAUAAAAAAAUGAAUGGGAUGGAUGAAACAUCUAAAAGAAUCCUAGAGCCAUAUCAGUAUUUACUUCAACUACCAGGUAAGCAAGUGAGAACCAAACUGUCACAGGCCUUUAAUCACUGGCUGAAUGUUCCAGAAGAUAAAAUACAGGUUAUAAUUGAAGUGACAGAGAUGUUGCACAAUGCAAGCCUACUUGUGGACGACAUUGAAGAUAACUCAAAGCUGCGACGGGGCUUUCCAGUGGCACACAGCAUCUAUGGAAUUCCAUCUGUAAUCAACUGUGCUAAUUAUGUGUAUUUUCUUGGCUUAGAGAAAGUUUUAACCCUUGAUCAUCCAGAUGCUGUUAAAGUUUUUACUCGGCAACUACUGGAACUCCAUAAAGGUCAAGGCUUGGAUAUUUACUGGAGGGAUACUUACACCUGUCCUACAGAAGAUGAAUAUAAAGCUAUGGUAUUGCAGAAGACAGGUGGUCUCUUUGGAUUAGCUGUAGGCCUCAUGCAGCUGUUUUCCAGUUAUAAAAAAGACUUAAAGCCACUUCUUAACACACUUGGCCUCUUCUUCCAAAUAAGAGAUGACUAUGCCAACUUGCACUCCAAAGAAUAUAGUGAAAACAAAAGUUUUUGUGAAGACUUAACCGAGGGCAAGUUCUCCUUCCCAACCAUUCAUGCAAUUUGGUCAAGACCUGAAAGUACUCAGGUGCAAAACAUUCUACGUCAAAGGACGGAGAACAUAGAUAUAAAAAAGUACUGUGUACAUUAUCUUGAAAACUUGGGUUCCUUUGAGUACACUCGGAAUACCUUGAAAGAGCUUGAAUCUGAAGCCUAUAAACAAAUUGAAUCACUUGGGGGAAACCCUGAGCUUGUAGCACUAGUUGAACAGCUGAGCAAAAUGUUCAAAGACAAUGAAAAUUAACAGUUUCACUCCUGUGUUAAAACUCAUUCUUUUGUAGCCACGUUUAUGGAAACUACUGUUUAAAACACUGUCACAUAGUAUUGAAAAAUACACCCUAUUAUCUAUACAGUCUUAAUUAAAAACUGCUUACAGCUGCUUUGUUAAAGCAGACGUACUCAAACUGAAACAAGUUUUGAAUCUAAAUGUGGUCAAUUUUACAAAAUCAGCAUUAUUUCAGGCCUAAAACACUAUCUUUAGGCUGCUGUAGGUUUCUGUCUGAAAUUUUGUGUUAAACUAAAUCAGAUUGAUCUGAAUGUAUUAUGCCUUUCCAAAUGAUGCUCUAGUAAACCAAACCACAAAAUGUAAAAUAACAAAAGAAGAUAUGACCACAGUGUGCAUAGAACUACCGUGUGCUAUUUCUAAGUUAGGCUUGUGAAGAUCAGAUGGAUUAGAAGUGAAUAUCCUGUUGAGCUUCUGGGGAUAUUUUCAGAGUAAUGCAAAUUAUGAAAGGUAGUAUUUUGUAUGUGAAUAAAACUGAUGUUUAGUCGGAAAUUGUAGCUUUAUAUACAUUUCUAAGUACCUUAAAGAAAAUACUCCAUUGCAUCAGCAAAGCAUAAAUUUGUUGCUGAUGCCAGCUCUGCAAUGAAUAAUUUUGAUUGCCUGGUUUUAGAUCUUUAAAGUGUCAAAUAUUUUGUAGCUAGGCAUUUAAAUCUAUGCAUUAGAGCUCAUUCAUGUAACUGUAAAUAGCAACAUAGGCAAGUGCUACUAGAAAUGGAAUGAGAUUCACACCAGGUAACUCUAGGACACUGUUAAUUGGUACAGGUCUCUUUAAUCUUUGCUCAUAAACCUUGAAAGAGGCUUCUCCAGGAGGUGAUUUAUACUGCAUUCCUGUUCUGAAUUAGUACUGGAAGCAUGUUACAGGUCUCUCCAGAAAGACAAGUUCUGUAACUUUUUUGCUAAAACAAAGUACAACAUCUUGUUUCACAAGUUAUAACAUUGCUUCAGUUUUGUUAUUUGUAUAAAUAGUUCUUCAAAAUUAUGAACUCAAGAUACAUUGAACUGAUAAGUGACAAUCUCUGCACUAUAUAUACACAUAAAUAUAUAUAGUGUGUGCAAAAUGUAAGCAGAGAUGUUUGUUUCUUCGUGGUAGGACUGGCUUUGAUUUGAUUUCAAUUCCCUAGUCUUAACAGACACAAAACUUUGGUUUGGUAUAGUGAGGAUAUGGUUUGGAUCAAUGGCAGGGCUGGAACAGGAGCUCAAGUAUACUCCUAAAUAAAUGAGCAGAGGUACUUGGCUUCUGCCAGCUAAAGGAUAGCUUUAUGCAGAUGUUCAUUUACUGUACCUGGAAAGCAGGGUGAGUCAUGGUCUCAAUGAGAGAACUAACUGAAGGUUGCUGGAAUGUUUUCUCUGGACAGCUUUAAAUUCUUCUGAAAAUGAUCAAGCAUGAAAAAAACUUAGGAUGACUGCUUUCAGUCAGAGAUGUUAUGUCAUUAUGGAUGAUAGCUUAUCUCCUUCAUCUGCAUGCUGAGGAAGAAUUUUUUCCUGCUCUGUGAUUAGGCAUUGAAUAAGUCUUUUAUCACUGAAUGGGCCUGGCCUCCAGGUCCGAACAGCUUUAAACUGGUGAGAGGUAGCUUUAAUGUUAAUACAGUGAAUUGCAAUUCCUUUUCAUAACUUGUAGCGCUUAGUAGUAGUAAGCAUGUAAAUCUUUUCUGUUUCAUGACAAAAUACUAUCUGCAGCAAAGUACAACACAUUGUGCCAUGCCUUGAUAGUUUCUAAGCACUGUUGCAUCUGACACUGAAUAGGAAAGCAGACUGGGAAAAUGGUUAAGAUAGUUUCCUAGUCCUACUGCAAAGAUACCCUUGUGCCUAUUAGGAUGUGGUAAUGGAUGUAUACAAUGCUAAGUGCUUAGUGCCAUUACAUGUCUGUUUAGUUGCUGGAUGUAAACAGUUCUGUGUAAUCAAAUGAGGUUGCUUUUCUUCUUUUUGUAUGAAACUUCUCUACCAUCUGGGAUUUCUGUUAUGUCAUCAUUGAUUCUUUCUGGCAACUCACCUCAGUAUUUAUCCUAAUACUGUAUCUUGUAGAAUGUGUUUCCAUAAACUUAAGAGUAAGUACAUUGGAAGUUUUCCAGCUGCAGGCCCUUUACACCACAAAUGAGUAAGGAGGAAAAAGUACCUCAGGAAAAGAAAGCUGGACCAACAAGAAACUAUGCAGGACUGUCUUACUCUUCUGCCUUCAAGGCUUUUGAUACCAGUAUUCAAAGUAUAUCCUGAAGGUAUGUCAUAGAAGAUCUAGAAGGAGAAUAGGGUUGCUCUUCACUUUGGUUAGGAUGAACUGAGGCCUCUGAGGAUUUUUCUUAAUGUAUGCAGGAGUUGGAAGAGGCUGGGAUCUUUCCCCUUCAUUUUUUAAGCAGGUGGAGUAUCUCCAGCUAUUAAGCAUCAGCAGUGAUAACACUCCAUAGUCAAGAUAGAUUUUAUAUUUGGUGCCAUAAGAUGAGACUAUGCAUUCUCAUCAGUAUUCUCCAAUUCUGGUUGUGGUACAAAUUGCUGGUGUUAAGCCAUAUUGGGGAAAAUAGUUCUUUAAGGUAGCAUGAGAGUUCUUGUGUCUGCAGAGUUAGUUUAGUUGCACAAGUGCCAUUCUCUGUUGCUGUGCUUCCUUCUCCUUGUGUUGGCUUUUUUUUUUUUCCUGAUUUUCACAAGAGCUGCAUUGCUGUGGAAUUAAUCUGAGUUGCAAGUAUGUGGUGGUUUGGCCCUGGCUGGAGGCCAGAUGCUCACCAAAGUUGCUCUAUCACUCCUCUUCUUAUAUGGACAGGAAAGAGGGAAAACACAGCCAAAGGCACUUGAGUCAAGAUAGAAGCAAUUUAACAGGAGGAAAAGUAAGAGCAAAGGCUGCACAGAGAAGCAAGAGCAAACCAAGAUGUUAUUCUCUGCUUCCCAUCAGCAGAUAGUGUUCAGUCACUCCUGGGAAGCAAGGCUUCAGUACACAUAGUGGUUGCUCCUGAGGACAGAUACCAUCAACAACUAUCCCCACACCUUCUUCUCUCAUUUAGCUUUUUAGCUGAGCUGACAUCAUGUGGCAUAGAAUACUGCUUUGGUCAGUUUGUGUCAGCAGGCCCAGCUGUGCCCCCUCCCACGAUCUUGCCAUGCUCCUCAGUGUACACUUUGGAUGGGGGGAAUGUUGGAAAAGCACAGCCUUGGUGCUUGGCUCAGCAGCAGCCAAAACACUGGUGUGUUAUCAACACCUAGCUACAGCACUAGAACUAAUUCUUUUGGGGAGAAUUAACUCCAGCUCAGCCAAACCCAAUACAAAGUAGAAAUGCCCAUGGGAAAUAAAAGGGAUGUUGAUUUCAGUGUCAGUUUCUUUGACCCAGAACUGUUCCUACCAUGCCAACAAGUUAUACUUUCAUCAGGGUACCAGUGCACUCCUUGCAAAUACUUGUCAAUCUCCAGUAUUUCCCUCUACCUCAGUCUUGUUUUCGAUUGUGUACUUGCUUGGAUAUAAAUGAAUGCUGUUGCUUUUCUAAGUGGCCAGUCUCUAGAUGGGAUAUCUGUCUCUUCUUCAACAGUUGAUGUUAUUCUUGUCAAUUAUAACACAAAAUCCAUCUCAGGACAUUCCCAGGGAGAUAGAUUGUCUUUCCACCUCUCCCUUUGGGCUCAGGCUGUUCAGAUACUCAUUAAAAACAACUUUAUAAGUAUUAGCCAAUUGUUGAUACAGAUACAAAUGUUAGUGGCAGUGGGAAAGUAGCUGUUGAUAUUUCUUUAUGCUUUCAACUUUGUGGUUCACUUUGGCAGUUACUUAAUGUCUGCUUGUGCUGUGGAAAAUUCCAAUAUUAAUGGCUUCUUUCCCCACUUAAAGUGUUAAUGUGGUAAAAGAACACGGGAUGUGUGGUGUCUAGGAGCAUGAGGUCUGGGAUUGUUUUUUGUUGGGUUGUUUAUGGUUUUGCUGGUUUGUUUUUCACUUUCCUAUAAAACUGUUUUGUCCAAUUUAUUUGUGUUAAGAGUUCAACACAUGUGCAAGAGCUACACAGGCAUUUGUUGCUCUUGGUUCUGUCUUAAUCCUACCAUUUUAAAUUUCAGGUUUGAUAUUUAUGGUGUUCUUUGUAUCAUUUGCUCAGUGCUUUCACUGUAAUCCUUUUCUCAGCUAUAUUUCUAUUCCACUACUAAUACUAUAGCAUAUACAAUAUUGUCAAACGCUUUUUUGAUACUAGACAAACACAAAAUAGUCUGGGUCUGCCUUUGAAAUGUUAAAUCUUGGCUCCUUAUAUGUCUUCACAAAAGUAAACCAAGAUUUUCUGCCAUCUUCAAAUGCCCAAAGCCCUUUUCCCCAAGAAGCUAAAGGCUAUAACAUUUUGUAUUGCCAAAUUUAUUUUUGUCCCAUAUAGCAUGAGCUUCUUUCCUUCUCCAACCUGUUUGCUUCCAACACUAUUUUGCUUUGGUGGUGUUUUGCCUUUUUGUGAAAGAACUCACUAGCCCUAGAGGAGAGAAUUUUUGUUUGGAUUAAUGAUUUAUCCUGCUCAGCAAGAGCCUGAUGUAUGUCAAAGCUGGCAGGUGUCCAGAAGCAAGAACAGAGACCGUGAAAGGAUUUGAGAGAAUAAGAAAAUCCAUUAUGGGCUCCUGCAGCUGCCUCAUGUAGUUUCACAGAAUCCUGACAUCAUAGGGGUUGGAAGGAACCUCUGGAAAUCAUACAGUCCAACCCCCUGCUAAAGCAGGGUCACCCACAGCAGGUUGCACAUGAUCACAAUGUCCAGGAGGGUUUGGAAUCUCUCCAGAGAAGGAGACUCCACAACCUCUCUGGCCAGCCUGCUCCAGGGCUCUACCAUUCUCAAAGAAGUUUCUCCUCAUAUUCAGAUGAUACAGUCAUAGAAUCAUUAAGGUUGAAAAACACCUUUAAGAUUAUGUAACCCAACUACCAUCACCACUAAACUGCAUCCUGAAGCACGAUAUCUACAUUCUUCACCUCAUUUCUCAGCAUGUCCUUCACUUUCUUAAGCUAAUGACUGUGAAUGGUUUCCCCGAUGAGCUUUCCAAGUAGAAUGUAAGAGAUAAGAAUUAUUUAUUCUGAUGUAAGCUGCUAUGUGACAGCUUGACUUGAUUGUUACCUCACAUGAACAUAUUUCAUUAAUAACUUCAUAGCUAGGCACCAGUGUUCACCUUUUCUGCAGCUCUUUUUGUUUUCUGAUUACUUUAGAAAGCACCUUUGUGAGUUAUGGGUAGGAACAAUCCAUGAUUCAACAAUUCGCUUUCAAGCACAUUAUCUGCAACAUUCAUAAACAAAUAUGCAGGUUAAACCACAUAAAUCUUAAUAGCACCCCUCACCUGUGUGCCCUGUGGAACAAACAAGUUCUCACUUAAGUCACUGAAAAAAAACAUUUACUGUAUGUUUCAGUUUACUAGAACAUAGAGAACCAUGAGAGAUAGCCCAAGAAGGCCUAAUGUGACACUUCCAGGGAGAGCACUGCCCAACCUGACAUGGAUCUGUGAGGAGGACUUAUUCUGAGGUGAAGGAAAAUCGCAAAUAAUUUUCUGCUUCUGAACUUUGUGAAAAUACUCUACUCUUGGUGUGUGUAAGCAGCUGGGUCUUAUCUUGAUCAGCAGGAGAUUAUUUUUACUCCCUCCAUAAUGUUUCUCAAUCACUCAAAGUAAUCGUUGAAGUCUACAAAAAAGGAAAAAUGGCAAAUAUAUAUAUUUUUUAUUAUGCUCUUUUCAAAUACCCAAAACCUGGGCUGUUCCUUGCUCUGGUGUAGUAUAUGUUAUUCACACCAUAAGGUAUAACAAUUUUUCACUGUGUAAAGUUAUUAAAAUUAGCCUGACAUCAAGGCCAGAAAAAAACCCCCAAACCAACCAAACACAAAACCAACAGCAGUGUCUGCAAGGGAAAGAACCUACAAAGUUCUUUAAACACAGCAUUUUAAGUAAUUGCUAAGUUGAAACAGGAAGAGAUUUUUUUGUGUGUGGAUUUAACUGAAGAACCUAUUUCUGUUUAUGCUUUCUUCUUUUUUUGGUGUGGGACUGGGUCCAGGAUGAAGUAAAAACUAUAUAGAGGAAAAAUGUGGUGUAGAACUCAUCUCUGUUAUUUGAGACAAAUGCUUAAUAAUUUCUGAAGUUAAAUCAUUUUCACUUAGGUGCCUAUAAAAUCCAGAAGUUGCAACUCUAGGUAAUGAGGUAAAAAUGUUAGAUUGGUCUGGUUGUUCCGUUGGCAUAGGGACUGUCCCGUUUCUUGCCAAGUACCUUGGAUGAAGUAUAACUAUUUGUUGAUCACCAUGGUAAAACAGAAGAAACAAGUGUAAAUAAAACAAAGAGUAAUGCUAUUCUUAGCAUUUUAGGAAUACUAAAUACAUAAAUUCAACAAUAUGCAUAUAGGUUCUGAGAAUGGGUGAAUUACUUAUGGAACAUGCAGUCAGAUAAACUGGAGUGUCCUCUCAGGUUUAUACUCAGGAGUAGCCAAUGAGCCAGGAAAGGAGAGCAUGAAGGCUUACUGCCAUUAUUUCUGCUGUCACGCUAUGUAGUUCCAGCAUUGUCCAAAACUGGGACAGAUUGUUCCAAGGGUGCCAUCUGCAGGACAUAAACAGGCUCAGGAACCCAGAGAAGACAGCAAUGCUGCCACAGAUGUGGAAGCAGGACUACAAUGCCUGCUUUUUUCAAAGGCCUUAGCUGCACAAAGAAAACAUGCUAUGGUUGGCAAAGGAAGGCGCUAGGGUAAACAAAGUGCAGAGGUACUUGCUGGAAUGCAGUUUGUUGGGGAGCAGCUGCUUUAUGCCAGACAGCAAAGCACUUCCUCAAAAGACUUUUCCUAUUAACCAGAUUACUUUGACUGGAAUUUGGUAGAGCUACCAACUAGCUGUACUUUAUUUCUGUAAUCAGAAUCAGAGCAAGUAUUACUAAUUUGCCUGCCACAAGAGCGUACAUAAUUAUUUAAUGUAAUAGAACCAGAGGCAGAGCACUGAAAUAGCUUUUUGAUGACUUACUAUUGUGCUUGUUUCAGUCUUUGUGGUCUCACAGUUCAAAUACUGAAUUAAGUUGUUGUGAGACUUGGAAACGUGAAGCACAUCAGAGAUGAACAAAUGUGGAAAGUGUCAGCUCAGAUAAGAGUUUUAUAACAGAACUUUGAAAGCUAUUAUACCUGUCAUGAAAAUAAAGAGCUCUCACUAAAUUAUUCCCCAGCAAUUGAUAGGGAAAGAAUACAGGCAAGUCUUUUCAGGUUUUGCUGCUAAUCUACACACGCUGGAUGCCUCAAUGUCUUGUAUGGGGUGUAUUGUCUAAUUGCUGUGGCUGUUCUCUGGAUCUUUUUCCACGUAGCUGUUUUUCUCUAACAGUGUUAUGUUGAAAUAAAUGCAGCAACAACGGUAGCAGUGCCAAA